UUGCGAUUUGUUUUCGCGUUUCCUUGGUAGUGGCGAUUCGUUGGAAAAAAUACAAUUUUUCACGAAUAUAAAUGAUAAUAAUAAUAAUUCGAAUAUUCGGGAUACGUUAAUAACGAGUAAUUGUGCUACAUUGGUAAUCAUGGACGAAGAAAACGGCAACGAAAGUGGAGUGAAAUGCACGUUGGAGUAUUUUUCGGAAUCGAACGCGGUACAUGCUAUUUUAGACAACGUCGUCAACGUAUACUCUUCGGAAAAUUCCUCAGAAGUGGCGCACGAAAAGCUCAAACGUGUGUUGAACCAAUACAUCGACCAACCGCACUUACUGGAUCCGUACAUCGAACAAUUUCUCAACAAAUUAAUCGGCUAUGUUAAAAAUCCAGAAAUCAGCUUAGCUAUCAAGCAAGAAGUAUUCCGGUACAUGUUUUUAUUCAUCAAUGUUCGUGGUUACAAAGUUAUCGUUCGGUUACUACCGCACGAAGUUAGUGAUUUAGAACCGGCGCUGCAAUUAUUAGAACAGCACUGCUCGAGCAAUCAAGGACUGAAAUGGGAAACUAGAUAUUGUCUACUGUUAUGGUUAUCCAUCAUUGUCAUGAUUCCGUUCGAUAUGUCCAGACUGGAUUCGUCCGAUGUCAAGGAAACCACCGCUUCGAGGAUCUUAGAAUGCUGUAAGAAAGGUCUAAUGACUACGGAUAAAUCACGAGAUGCAGCUGCAUUCCUUUGUGCUAAAUUUGUCAGUCGAACUGAUAUCAAGAAUAUAUACUUGAGUCAUAUUAUCCAAUGGACUUGUAACGAACUAAUCACAGAAAAUAAAUCUCUAUCGUGGAAAAAAUUCGGUCCUCUGAUGGCAUUAGCAGCUAUUCUAAAACAUGGCAAACGCGAAGACUUGAAGCCGUACACCGAAGGCAUUUUUAAAUGUAUUCUAACGUCCAAGUGUCUAGAAGACUCGUAUCGUUUAUCGAGGAAAUACGCUAUAAAGAUUAUCCAAAGGAUAGGGCUGUGUUAUUUGAGAGUAAAAGUGGCCGCUUGGCGAUACCAAAGAGGCUCUCGAUCGUUAGCUUUAAAUUUAGGAAUUAAUCCCCAGCCAGAAACGUUCUCAGCUGUCAUGCACGAGAGUAAACAAAAAGGUGACGUAUUAUUAGAAGAAUGCGAAGAUAUUCCUAGCUUAGUAGAAGAAGUAGUUGCCCAGUUAUUAAAAACGUUACGAGAUGAAGAUAUUACUACCAGGUGGUCUGCAGCUAAAGGUAUUGGUCGAGUAACGGAUCGUCUUUCAGCUGAAUUCAGCAGCGAAAUAGUCGAAAGUAUUUUAACCCUGUUUAGCCCCAGAGAAUCGUGCUGUGCAUGGAACGGAGCUUGUUUAGCUUUAGCUGAACUUGGCCGAAGAGGUUUAUUAUUACCGAACCAUAUUCCAGUGGUAGUGAAAGUUUUGCUGAAAGCUUUGGUCUACGAAGAGACCCAUGGUAUCGUAUCAGCUGGCUCGUACGUCCGUGAUUCUGCCUGUUACACGUGUUGGUCUCUGGCUCGAGCCUAUGAUCCUGAAACACUGAAACCGUACGUGAACGAAAUCGCCGGAGGGUUAUUGAUUGUGGCAUCAUUCGAUAGAGAGAUGAAUUGUCGCAAAGCUGCCUCAGCUGCGUUUCAAGAACAUGUCGGACGUCAAGGAACUUUUCCUCAUGGAAUUGAUAUUUUAACGGUAGCCGAUUAUUUUUCCGUCAGUGUGCGAAAAAAUGCGUUUCUCAAUGUCAGUUCGCAUAUAGCCAAGUAUCCCGAAUACACUAGGCCAAUGGUAGAUCAUUUGAUCGAAUAUAAAGUUGGAUACUGGGAUGCUGAAAUUAGAGAUCUUACGUCCAAGGCACUCCACAACCUUGUAAAAUUCGAACCAGCUUACGUUGCUUCGAAAAUGAAAGACAUCUUGAAAAAUCUCUACUCGGUUAAUCUGAAUCUGCGUCAUGGUUCGAUUCUCAGCCUGGGAGAAAUUAUUCACGCUUUAGCGAACGUUAAAGAUCAACAUAUAGAAUUCGAUGAUGUUGCUGUGUUUGAAAUUAAGCAACUGGUACCUAAAUUACAAGAACAAAAUAUGUUCAGAGGGGUCGGAGGUGAUCUGAUGAAAGAAGCUUGUUGUUUCUUGAUUAUGAAAUGCUCCAAAGGAAAGUUCCCCAUUGACGACGACGUUGUUGCUUGCUGGAAGAAUUUGAUCGAUGAUUGCCUGCCCUAUGAAAACGAAAAAGUUCGAUUAUCUGCUGCCUCAGCAAUGUCUGCGUUGGCUGAACGACAUUACGUUUCCAAUAACGAACCAAUCGACGAAGUUUGUAAACCAGUUGUAGAUAGAUGUCGAGCCGAAGCUCUAUCUCACGUCAGCGAAGCUGCUAGAAUCGGAUAUGCUACAGCUUUAGGAAUAUUACCGAAAUGUAUUUUAGAACGUUAUUUGAACGAUAUAAUCGGUUCGUUGACCAAAUGCGCGACCAAAACAGAAAUUUCUUCGAAAUGGGUGUACUCUCGAAAAGCAGCUAUCGAAUCGUUGACUACGAUCUGGAAAGCGUUCUGCGUUGAUACCGAAGCAGAUGAAACGGCCACUCGAGAGCUCAAAAUAAAUCCAGUUCCGUUAUUGGAAACGUUUCUAAUUAACUUGUCCGAUUACACGGUCGAUAGAAGAGGUGAUAUUGGUUCUUUUGUUCGCGAAUCGUCCAUGAAAGCUUUGCAGGUUGUCAUUACUAACACGUGUCGAGUGAAUAAGAACAUCAUACCAAAAGAUUUAAUCGAAGUUAUUGUUGUCGGUAUUGCAAAACAAGCUUUGGAUAAAAUUAGUCGUAUCAGGAUUACAUCUUCGGGGGUAUUCAUGGAUGUUUUAUACGCCGAUAUCCCAAAAAUUGAAAAUUUCGAAGAAAUCCAAAAAAUAUUCCCCAAAACUGAAUCGAACACUGUAAAUUGGACCAGAGAAAGCGAUACGUUUCCAUUAUUCGCCCAACUAAUGAAAUUCCACCGAUUCACUCGUCCUUUACUUGCAGCUUUCAUCAGAUGCGUUGGUAGCGUUACCGAAAGCUUAGCCAGACAUUCCACGUCAGCUUUAAUGGAUUACUUGAAAAGUAAAUCUAAAUCCGAACUAGAAGAUAUGUGCGCUUUAAUCGUCGACGAAUUCAGAACUAGCGCUAAAGACGAUAAAACUACUAAAUCCAUGUUCACAUUCCUCGAACGUAUGUUCGCUUGCGGCGUUUUCAAGCCAAUUUUAGAACUGCCAGAGAAUUCAUUCGCAAUGGAUAUUUACGAAUUGAUAAGAGACGAGACGAAUAAAACGAAAGAUAGCGAGAAGCUGACCGUAUCGGUUGAAGUAUUAUGUCAACUUUUGCAAGUCGGAGGAAAAGUAACGAAAAGCGCUUUAUCAACGUUAUGUCGAUUCUUAUGUCAUCGAAUGAUCUGGUUUAGAAAAACCGUAGCGUUACGUUUAACCGAAGCUAUGAUGAUGUACGCCGACGUCUGCGGAUUAUCCGAAGAAGGCGAAGAACAAGUUAUGAAAAUUUUAACCGAAUUCGACUGGGAGAAUAAACCAAUGGAGGAAAUUCGUGCCACCAGGAACGAACUAUGUAAACUGUUCGAUGUACCGAUUCCAAAAAUUGUCGUUAAAGAAGUCGUUGAAAAUUCCUAAUGUGCGAGAAAAUUGCCUAAUAUUAAAUGUUUACUCGGUCGAAUGUCAAAUCCACCCGUUUUUAAUGAUUCUAACACGACUGUAGCACAAUUAUACUUUUUUUUUGUGAUGCUGUAACGAAGACUUGAGAAAAUGUGAUAGGAAUUUGUAAAAUUUUGAGAUUUCUCCUACCAACUUUCCCCUCACCUGUGUUAUGUCUUAAUACUCCCCCCUUUUUUUUACUUUUUUUUUCCCUACUUACCUGCUUAUUUUCUAUUAAAUUAUCGAGUUUUAAACUAAUUCGCAAUGUUAAUAAAUUUUUGUACUUUUUUUUUUGUUAGAAGUAAUGAUUAAUUUAUUAAAAAUUUAUUUACCAACA